AUGAAGCGGCCGGGUCGACCAAGAGCGACCCGCAGGGUCCUCAAAGCCGUGCCGGGCGUUGAUAGCACAGGGCGCUGUUAUGCCGACAUGAAGAGCUUCUGGCGUGCAAAAAGGGCCACCUGGUACCAACGUGUGCAAGACUACUGGGCCGGCGCCGAAGCCAACGAUGAUGGCGUCCUAGGAGGCUUGCCUGAGACACACGGCCCAGACCUCAAGGGCUCCAAGCGCUUUUUGCAGGCCCUGAAGAAAACCUUGACUCCGCCGGUGACCUUUGGCACCGUGUUGGAUUGCGGUGCUGGCGUGGGACGUGUGGCCCAGAGCCUCUUGCUGCCGCGCUUCGGCGCCGUGGACCUCCUCGAGCCCUGCCGACCCCUGCGGGCGGCCGCGCGGCAACGGCUCCGGGCAGACGCAAGCCGCACGCGCUUUCUGGCCAAAGCAUUGCAAGACUUCACACCGACCAAGGACCGUUAUGAUGUGAUCUGGCUCCAGUGGGUCUUGCUGCAUCUCACGGACCAUGACUUGGUCGCCUUGUUAUCCAGGUGUCGCGAUCGCUUGCGGCCUGGUGGCAUGAUCUGCGUCAAGGACAACCUCAGCGGCUUGAGGUCACCUGUACGUUGGGAAGCUGACCUGGCAGACCACAGCCUGGCGCGCACGGCCACGCAGUACCGAGAGCUGUUUGCCUUGGCCCAGCUGCGAGUGGUGUUUCAGUUCGUCUCGGCCAUCCUCAGGAGCGACGAGCUCUCACCGGGCGCCCCCGUGCGCUUGGUGGGCUUGGACCGCUUUCCUCACCUCGAGGGCAAGGCGGGCACCUGCGUUCAGUUGGACCCGGAUGGCUACGUGCGCGUCCGCCUGGCCAGUGGGGAGUUGAAGGCGCGAAACACCGCGAUGUUGGUCAGGCCUCGCCAGCCGUCCAUGCGAAGUCAGCAUCAGGAGCCAGCGGCCAAAGGACGUCGCAGGUGGCCGAUGUUGAUGGCCGCGAGUGGGCUGGGCGCAUUUGCAGUGUAUUUCCUUUACCAGCAGCAGCAAGCUCGGGCUGUGUGCCAGAAGCAGGAUACGGCUGAGAAACUAUCAGCCGCUCUACCACCUCUGCCAGAAGGCUGGCGAGAGCACUUGGAUCCUGCUUCCGGGCGCCCCUACUACUGGCGGGAGGCAGAUCCCAAGAACUCAGUGACCUGGGAGCGCGUAGCUGCGAGCCAAGCGCGAGCCGGCUCCUUGGCCUUGGAAGACUCCAUAGACUCCUCCAAGACCUUCCCCAGCAUCUUAUUCUCGGAUGGCCCUGUCAUGAAGAUCGAGGACUCAGAAGAUCCCUGGCCACCCAAGGUGUCCCAGCUGGGUACCCAGGAACAUCCGAGACAUCAGGUGGAGACGCCCUUCACGGUGCUGGAAGCGGCUCGGAAGUUGGAGCUGCGCCGUGCUGGGCGGGUCGAAGCGAGGCCCUGGGUGAAUCCGCCCUUCUCUCCGAGGCCGCCGCCGCGGAAGCGCACGCCGCGCAAGAAGUAUCCGGUGCAUCCCACGGAUCCCCUGGCGCCUCGCCACCCUUCGGCGUCGCUGAGGCGCUGGGACAUGGAGCUCCAGGCCGUCAUGAGCCCCCCUUCCGGGGAAGACGCGCCUGCAGAGCAACCUGGCGAGGCGUUGUCAACUUUGGCAGCAGCUCCAAAGUGGUCAAUUCCCAGGGCAUCCAGAGAGGGCGCCAAGAAGGUGCAUCUCUCAAAGAAACAUCAGCUGGAUCGACUGGGUGUUGAGUCUCCAGGGCCUGGUGCCUACACGCCAAUACGGCAAAGGAAGAGUCCCAGCUGCAGCUUCGGGAGUGGUCGACGCCCUUCCUCCGCUCCGAUAUGCCGUGCGCCCUGCAGCGACCUGCUGGCCAUGAUCGCUUCAGCGGACGUGACGGCGGUGAAGACGGGGGGUCGUGGGCGAGAGGAUCCAGAAGUGGCAGUUCAAGGCUUGCAGAGCUGCAGCAAUGUCUCCUUUGACUUUGCUGGUGGCAGGUCACCAUGCAAGAAGUGGUACAAUUUGCAUAUGGCAUAUCCCUUUGAAAGCUUCUUGGUGGAGAAACUGCAGGGCCUCCAGGAGCAGCUUUUACAGCAGCACACCCAUGAGGUGUCACACCUCCGCAGUGCCAAUCUACUGCUUCGUGAGGAGCUUUUGAGGGCGCAAGGCUUCACCCGCGGGACGGCGCUACCGGGCUCUAACCGCCCCAGCGCCCAUUCCAGCCCCACCCACGGCGGCCAUUCGCACGGACUGGGCUUCGGGCUGGCCGCCUUCGAUGGGGAAGACAGCGAGGGCCAGGAGCCAGCGAAAGCGGAUGAAGAAAGGGCAGAGCCGCCGACAGCUGCGACGGCACGCUGGGGUCAACUUCUCCUGAAGCUUUGGGAAUCUGCUGACAACUCGUGCAGCGUCUCCACAGUGAGCGAAGAGGAAUUGGAGAAUCUGGUGAUGCGCAGCUCCUGGUCAAUGCCUUGGGACAAGUCCUUCCGAAUGCACCACGGACGGAAGAUCCGCGUCUCGCGCACCGAGCAGUCUCCGAUGGCGAUGCAUAUGAAGGACAAGGUGAAGGACGGCUCUUGCCUGGGACGCUUCGUCUUCGGGCCCUACAGCAUGUUCCCUUUGCUUUGGUCCGUGGUGGGCUGCGCAUUGAUUCUAUGGGACUUGGUGACGAUUCCUUUGGAGAUGUUCAACAACAUUCCGCAGUUCAUUGCUUUUCUCUCAGCGCUGGGCAGGGUCACCUUCGUCUUCUGGUUCCUGGACAUGCCCUUGAACGUGCUGGUGGGCGUGGAGAUCAAUGGCAAAGUGGAGCAACGGCCUUGCGUCUUGUUGCGCCGCUAUUUGAGGACCUGGUUCUUGCUGGAUUUCUUGGUGGUUUCUCUCGAUGCCACCCUUAUCUUGUUGGAAGUUCUGCUGGAGGAUCAAGGGGCUGAGGCUGGCCUGAAAUCUGCACGGUUUUUGCGCACCUUGCGGAUGUUACGCCUGGUGCGCCUGGCCCGGGUGGCGAAGCUGCAGCAGGAGUUCACGCUCUUAGCGAAUCGCUUUUUGUCUUCCCACGCCUUUCUGAUUGCCAAGAUCCUGGGAGGUCUACUGAUGAUCCUUGCCAUCACCCACUUCGUGGCCUGUUGCUGGUACGGCGUGGCCGCAUGGACCAAUCAGAGCACCUCUUGGCUCUUGCGAUCACAUUUGGAGACGGCCAACUUUUUUGAGACCUAUUCUGCGUCGAUCCAUUGGUCGAUGACGCAAUUCACCCCGGCCACCAACGACAUCGCGCCGGCCAAUGGCUUGGAACGGAUCUUCGCCGUGUGUGUGAUUUUGCUGGCGAUUGGUGUUUUCUCCUCCUUCAUUACCUCUUUGAGCGCCACGGUGAGUUCCUUAAGGGCCUCCCGUGCAGAGCAGUUUCAGCAACACAAUGCCCUGCUGCAAUUCUUCACCGAGAGGAACCUCUCCACAGACCUCUACUGUCGGGUCACGGAGUCCCUUCGACGGCGGAACGUGAAGAAACGCAUUAAGGAACAUGAAGUUCAGCUCCUGGUGGCUUUGCCGGAGAGGAUGAAGAUGCAGCUGCAUGAGGAGAUGUUCCUGCCUCGCUUGAAAUGUCUCCAAAUUUGGCCUGAAUGGAGCUUGGAGGAGGACGACUAUUUUUUCCGCACUCUGUGCCACUAUGCGGUCACAGAGCAUGCUUGUGCUCCCGGGCAGGAUGCAUUCAUGCCAGGAACGGACUGCGACGAAGUCUACGUCAUCGAGUCGGGCACGAUGGGCUACCUUUACCGAGAGAACAUGGCGGAGUUCGCGUGCGAAGAGAAUGCGGUGAUUUGCUUGCCCAGCCUGUGGGCCGCAUGGUACCAUCGCGGUCGUUCCGUGGUGGCAUUUGGACAUGUUUCUACGUGGGAAUCGACUGCGAAGGUUUCGGCCGGUUGGCCACAAGCCACGGAGGCCCUUUGCAGCAAUAUCUCCAGAUCUUUGGAAUUCUGUUGA